GAAGUCAAAAUGUUCACUUGAGAGCAGACAGACUCGUGCACGGAACGUGAACUGACGGUGACUUCCUUCCGUGAUACCAGUGGAACUACAAAGUUCCACGGCGGCCGUUCACGUUAGUUUCGGUUGGCUGUCCUCGUGAAGUUGUCUGUCUUUGAACUGCCACGGCGGAACUCGUCAUAACAGCCGCAGCGAGGACUCCGUCUGCGUGAGUUCAUCUGAAAACACCAUGAGUCUACGAGAGAUCAGCGAGAACGUGAAGCUGGCCCGCGAAUACGCCUUGCUGGGAAACUACAGCUCGGCCAGUGUUCUGUAUCAUGGACUGUUAGAACAAAUCAAAAAGUAUGUGUACACUGUGCGGGACAGCAGCUUUCAGCAGAGGUGGCAACAGUUGUGGCAAGAAAUCAGCGAAGAGAAUCGACAGGUUCAGGACAUAAUGUCCACUCUGGAGAACUUUCAGCUGGACACGACACCCGCUAAACCCAGUAACCAUGACGAUUGUGAAAUAAGGCCUGUGCACAUGGAACCGAGACAUUCUCCCUGUCCUGUCAGGCGGCCUUCUAACCCUUAUAAAGACAGCAAACCUCCCAACAACCGCCUGAGCGUGGCUGUGAGGGCCCAGCAGAGGCACUCACUUCGAGGGGCCAACGGGGACAGAGGCAAACCCUCUAAGGGCAAAGAAAAGAAGGAGUCCAAAGAGGCGAAAGAGGCUGCAAGUAAAGCCAAGGAUGAAAAGAACAAAGCAGACGUCCAGGAGAAAGAAGUGAAAAAGUUUGACGGGACAGGAUAUGACAAAGACCUGGUGGAAGCUCUGGAGAGAGAUAUCAUAUCUCAGAAUCCAAAUGUUAAAUGGGACAACAUUGCAGAUUUGGAAGAUGCAAAAAAACUCCUAAAAGAAGCGGUCGUGUUGCCAAUGUGGAUGCCUGCAUUUUUCAAAGGCAUACGAAGACCAUGGAAGGGAGUACUCAUGGUGGGACCUCCAGGCACGGGGAAAACACUUUUGGCCAAAGCAGUGGCUACCGAGUGCAGAACCACAUUCUUCAAUGUCUCCUCAUCUACUCUCACCUCCAAGUACAGAGGAGAGUCUGAGAAGCUUGUUCGCCUUCUCUUUGAAAUGGCACGUUUUUACGCUCCAACUACGAUCUUCAUCGAUGAAAUUGACUCCAUGUGCAGCCGCAGAGGGACCUCAGAGGAGCAUGAAGCCAGCCGGAGAGUCAAGGCAGAGCUACUGGUGCAGAUGGAUGGUGUUGGUGGAGCAUCAGAAAACGAUGACCCAUCUAAGAUGGUGAUGGUACUGGCUGCCACCAACUUCCCAUGGGACAUCGAUGAAGCUCUGAGAAGACGGCUGGAGAAGAGGAUCUACAUCCCUCUGCCUUCAACCAAAGGGCGAGUGGAACUGCUGAGGAUCAACCUGAAGGAGCUGGAGCUGGCCGGUGAUGUGGACUUGAACAAGAUCGCAGAGCAGCUGGAGGGUUACUCAGGAGCUGACAUCACCAAUGUGUGCAGGGACGCCUCCCUGAUGGCCAUGAGGCGAAGAAUCGAGGGCCUCACACCAGAGGAAAUCCGCAACAUUUCCCGGGACGAAAUGCACAUGCCCACCACCAUGGAGGACUUUGAGUCGGCUCUGAAAAAAGUGUCUAAAUCUGUGUCUGCAGCCGACCUGGAGAAGUAUGAGAAGUGGAUCGAAGAGUUUGGCUCCUGCUGAGAAACGGCAGCAUCUGAGUGGUCUGUGUGUGAAUAUGUAGCUAUAGUGAGGCUGAGCUGUAUUAUUAUGUUAGUGUGUUAGUGUUGGCUGUGUGUUCUGAAUCAAUCAGGUGACAUUGAGAAAAUGAAGGUUUCUUACUUAAGUGCACUUGAAAAAAUGGCACCUUUUCCUAUUGUACAUUAUAUUAAUGUUAUGCAAAUGUAUUUGUGUAAAGAGGUGACUGAAGAAUCAACUUGAUGCGUGACAAUUAUUUUUUUCUGGCACUGAUGAUCCUAAAAUCAUCGACCUGUCAGACAAAAUCACCUGUGGCUGUUUGAACUGACAAAUCUGACAGUUUCCUGCAACACACUGACAGAGUUCAUUUCAUCAUUUUACUGCUGCUUUGUGCAAAGUGUCAUAAUGUCAAUCAAAUGUUACUGUUUUGUUUUUUUAAUGCACUUGAUUUUAUGUGGGACCAUGUGGUUCUUUCACAUUUUGAAGAUGUAUAUUCUUAUGAACAUGAACACUAACAAGAUAUCUCUAUGAAUAAAGUUAAUGAUAGUGGAUGGAAACAUUGUCUUCCAUGUAAGUUUAUUUAUAAGGUAAUAAAACUACGACAUUCACUUUAAAUCUAACAGUGGCUAAACUACUUUUGAACCAUAAAAGACGAGGAUUAAAUAUCCCAGUGGAAACUGAGAAAUGCAAAGUUCAGACUUUCUGCUUGGUCACUAGAUAUCUGAAAAGUGUUCACGAGACAAAAGCUUGAUGGUCAUAAGGAAAGCAUUUAAUCAGCAGGAUUUUAGACCCAAAUGCACAGUCCAGCUGUAAUUCAUACAUUAUAUGCCACAAAUGUCUCAAAAUAGUAACAUGUGGGUCCACCGCCAUUUAAACAAAGAGCAAAUGAAAAUAUCUUGUUUUAUUCAGCAACAUCCGACUUCAUGCCUGACAUGUCGUCUGCCUUACAGGCUAAUUAAAUGUCACAUCCAGCACUCUGUGGUGCUGAGUUCAUUUAGAGUUUGAGGCUGUUCCAAAUACAGGUUUGAGCUGUUUUGAGUCAUCAUGCAGCUUCCUAGUUUUAAUGUAUAACCUGCUGACAGGACAGCAAACUGCAUUCACAAGCUAAGACUACACAUGCACCUUUUGCUAUCACAGCACAUCAUGCACUCUGCAGAUUAACUGAACCACGGGGAGAUGAAAUCACGACCUCAGCAGCUCUGAGGUACACGAGCUGAUGUUUAAAGGGUGUUUUUUUUUUGUUUUUUUU